AUAACGCGUGACGUAUUUCCGCCAGCAGCGGUGUGCCUUGUCUGUCCAUCAUCCAUUCAGCGACUGAAGUGUCUCACCGUUUAAUAACAUCUUUUCACAAGGAUAAACGUAAACUUUUUCCUUCACAGGAUAAAAGUAACUUUUGUGGUAGCCACUAUUUUAUUUCACGUGACUGAAAGGCGGAAUGAAAAUGUAGCCGUCGUUUUAAUUAACCGCAAGUUAGCAGUUAGCUUCGUUAGCCGCUCCGGCCUCGACCGGCUGUAUGUGAGCAGGAAGGCCGAGCGCCUCUUUGUUUUUAAGAAUGUAUCCCUCCUGGGGGAACUACAGCGGACCUCAGGCACAGAACUAUGGAGGGCCUGGGCCUCGUAAGCAGCCGACUACAGGCAACCCCGGGCAACCUGCCGUGGGGUUCGGCGGAUUCGACGCCCCGUCCGGCGGAGGGUCGCUGUUCUCCAGCCUGCAGGAGCAGCACCUCCAGCAGAUGCAGCAGCUGCAGAUGCUGCACCAGAAGCAGCUCCAGUCAGUGCUUCAUCACGGCAACAAUGCUGCUGCGUUCGGUGGCGGACUGUCGGGUGGGUUUCCGGGGUCGCCGUGGCAUUCAGAAGGAUCGGGACAGUUCGACAGCAGUGCAGCAGCUCAACCUUACUUCAAGCAAGACGAGACUCAGCCGGGGAGGGUCCCUCCUGCUCCCACACAGGGGGGACACCAGCAGCCUCCUCCGCCUCCACCACAACCGCACUCCGCCGAGACCAAGCCGGCUCCUCCCCCUCCAGAGCCCCAGCCAAAGCCUCCGGAGAGCAACGGUGCUGCCAAACCUAAAGAGACCCCCAAGAAGGAGCCAUCCACGACAGAGGGCGACAAGUCCUUACCUCUGCAGGAGCAACAACAGCUGUGGUACAAACAGCAUCUUCAGAAUCUCCAGAAAUUGAAGCAAGAGAAAGCCAAACAGAAUCAGAAGGGUGGUGAUGGUUCUGCAGGCCAAACAGCAGCUCCUCUCCCACCAUCAGAACCACCAAAAAAUGCACCUCCUCCACCGCCUCCUAAAGAAGAACCCCCAGCACCACCUCCACCACCCGAAGAAGCACGGAGUGAAAAUGUAGGAAAGUCACCUACAUUUACAGACACACCUGAAGUCCCAAAAGAUCCAGAAGAAGCUGCCCGCCUCCAGCAGUUACAGGCUGCAGCAGCACAGUGGCAGCAGGUGCAGCAGCAGAGAGCAGGCUUACAAUACCAGGCUCUCAUGCAACAACAUGAAAAGCUUCAGCAGAUCUUGGAAAAAUAUCAACAGCUGAUUCAACAACCUGCAAACCUACAGUCAAUGUCUGCUGAAAUGCAGCUGAGGCACUAUGAAAUGCAGCAACAGCAGUUCAUCCCUUUAUUCCAAGACUGGGAUCACUGCUUCGUCUUGUGGUAUGAACAGUUCCAGACCUAUCCCCACAAAGACCAACUGCAGGACUAUGAGCACCAGUGGAAACAGUGGCAGGAGCAAAUGAACGCCACCAACGCCCACCUGCAAGAAAGAGUGGCAACUCUUACUGCCGUGGUGCCAUUUUCCUCAAGCCAGUACAACAGUGGGAUGAUGGGACAGUUUGGCCAGUACCCUGGACAGGACAUGCAAAGGCAGCAGCAAUCAGUAAAUCCAGGUGUACAGCAGUCCCCAGGUGCUAGUGGACCGAGGCCUCAAGGUUCACAGCCUACUGGCUUUGGGACACAUUCAGAAUCACCUGCUGGACCCACUGUGCGACCAAGUGGCCCUACUGGCACUGGAGUCAGACCUCCAGGUCCCCCAGUUGUUCAGCCAACAAGCUUCAACAGCAUUAGAGGUCCACGGCCAAACAACCCCAGAUUUGACCAGCCGCAGCAAGGUUUUGAUGCUCCCCCAAGGUUCGACCAACCACAGCAGCGUUUUGAUGGUCCCCAGAGAUUUGACAAACCACAGCAGCGCUUUGAAGGUCCUCCAAGGUUUGACAAACCACAGCAGCGCUUUGAUGGCCCUCCAAGGUUUGACAAACCACAGCAGCGCUUUGAUGGCCCUGCUCGGUUUGACCAGCCACAGCAACGCUUUGAUGGACCUGCUCGGUUUGACCAGCCACAGCAGCGUUUUGAGGGUCCCACUCGAUUUGACACACCUAGGAAUCGGUUCGAUGGUCCCCCCAGAUUUGACCAACCAAGGCAACGCUUUGAUGGACCCCCCAGAUUUGACCAACCUCGAUUUGGUCAGCAGCCUCGGUUUGAGACUACAAGGCACCCUGGCCCUUCACCUCGUUUUGAACGUCCACCUGUGCCACAGCAAGGUCCCCAACCUAAGACAGAACAAGGCAGUCAGCAGCCUGCUAGUGUAGAGUCCAAGACCCAGGGGAAGUCAACAGCUCAUUCACAGUCUGAAAAAGAAAAAGGUGAAUUAGAACCCAUUAAUAAGACCAAUACUGAAGACAUGACAGAUGACAACUUGCUUGUAAAUGAGGGCUUUUUUGUCCAAAGUGACCCCAUUCCUCAGACAUUAAAAACAAGCGCUACACCUCUGGAAUCAGAUAGCAAAAACACUUCUGAUAAUAGUGAAAAAGCCAAACCUGUUAAUAGCAAACCUUCUGUAGCUGCUACUUCCAAUGUGGUCUCAAAAAGUCCUGCACAAAAUCCUCCCAAACCGGAUGGGCCAGUGUCAAGCAGCAAGCCACCAAUGAUUCCAAAACCUUCUGGAAUCAAACCAGAGCCACAAGGUCCUGGCCAGGUGCAGUCACGACCAGAGCCUCUAAGGCCUACCCCUAGUAGGGGGCGAGGCCAGCCUCCCAUGCCUGCCCAAGUACAUGGUCGUGGACGUGGGUUAAGGGCCGGUGGAGAGUUUGGGGGAUCAAACACUGGGCCUGUUGGGGAGAAGAUAGGAGAAAUGCCUUAUGACUAUGAGGGAACUGAAGAGAACAUGGGGAUGCCAGAAGAGCAAGAAGACUAUCACUGGGAAGACCCUUCAUAUGAGGAGUUUGGCGGUGAGGAAUCAGAGGCUCCCCCUGAAGAAAUGUGGAUGCCAGAAGAACAUCACUUCCCAGAGGAAGAGUAUUAUGAAGAACCAAUAGGAGGGCUCCACAUCGGUAGGGGUGGACACCCAAUGAUGAGAGGUGGACCCCCAAUGAUGAGAGGAGGUCCACCUGUAGGUAGAGGUGGUCAUCCCAUGGGAAGAGGAGGGCCGCCUAUGGGUAGAGGGGGACCACCUAUGGGAAGAGGAGGUCCACCCAUGGGUAGAGGGGGACCACCUAUGGGGCGAGGAGGGCCACCCAUGGGUAGGGGAGGACCACCUAUGGGUAGAGGAGGGCCCCCUAUGGGAAGAGGAGGUCCAUCUGUAGGAAGAGGAGGAGCGCCCAUGGGAAGAGGAGAGCCAAUGGACAGACAUUGGGAGGAGCCAGAGUCAGCUGAGUACUCGGAGGAGGGAGACCCUUACUGGAGAGAAAGGAGACCUCCAAUGAGAGGUAUGAGACCCCCAUUUCCACCAGGCCGGGGUCGUCCCCCACGUGGCCACCCUGGUUUCAUGCAUCCAGGACACGGCCGUCUCCCUCACCCUCCACAUGGACCAAUAGAUCAUGAGGCAUUAGGCCAUGGAAUGGACACUGAUGAGACCAAAAUGGAUCCAUCAAUGCACCCUAUGUACCAUGGCCACGACCCUCAUGGCCAUCCAGUGCAUCCGGAGGCAGGAAGAGGCAGACGUCGUGUACCACCACCGCCUCAUGAAAGGAUGGAUCCUACGGAAGAGCCAUUUUAUGAUGAAGGAAGGGAGCAAGAAGUAGGUUGGCAACCACCACAUGCCAGAGGCCCUCCACCACCUCCACAUGAGCUAAUGGACAGAGGAGGAAUAAGGAGGAGACCUAUGGGUCGAGGAAUGGCACGGGGGAUGUGGCGACCAGGUCCAAGACAUGAGGAGUAUGAAGAAGGAUAUAACGAGGGUUACGCUGUGGAUUAUGAUCAUGGGGAAGAUGGGUAUCGCUGGCGGCUACAAGAGGACUAUCCUUCUGAUGACUAUCAUGAUGGUAAAUACUAUGAGUCUGAGUGGGACAGAGAACGUCCUCCUCCUGAGAGGGACUACCCUCCCCACAUGCCACCACAAGAGCCCUUUAGGGAUGGCCGUUGGCAAGAGGAAAGAGAAAGAGGUCAUCAGUAUUCAUAUGAAGAGCAUGACAGGGGACGAGGAGAACUCAGGAUUCGUGAAUACAGAGAUGAGCCACCAUACCGACUGGACGAAUCCCCAUACCCAGUUCCUUCAGACUGGGAAAGGCCUUCCAGGCUUCCUCCGCCACCAGAUAGAAGGUAUCCUCCUGACUAUCAAGAUCCCAGAGCUCGCUAUGAGGAGCCUAGAGAAGAACGUCCUUUAGAUUUGCCACAUGCACCACCUGCUGCACCUGUCACAAAUUUGCCUGAAAGCUCAGCUGAACCAGCGCCCCAAGGACCAGGAGCAAAUGUUCUUGCCCUAUCCCAGCGUCAGCAUGAGAUCAUCCUGAAAGCUGCUCAAGAGCUUAAACUAAUAAGAGAAUUGCAGGAGGCAAAGACGCCUGGUACUGAAUCUCAGCCUGCGACAACUGAUAUUCUGCCAGAACUGCCUACUGGUCUUCUUAAUUUGGAGAUCCCACAAGACGUCAGGAAUGUUCUGAAGGGUAUGAGUGCAGCACAGACAACUGCAACUGAACCUGUGCCUUGGGAAAGCAAACCUACAACAAAUUACCAUCCAUCUCUCCCUUCUGCAUCCAUACCUCCAAUGAUUCCAAAGACUGUUGAUUAUGGGCAUGGGCACGAGCCGGGAACCACUGUUGAGCGGAUCUCUUAUGGUGAGAGAAUUGUGUUGAGGCCUGAUCCAAUGACAUCAGACCGAGGCUAUGAAAAAGAACCUCUUCGUCUCAGAGAUCCUUACAGCAGAGACCCGUACUAUGAAAGGCGAUUGGACCCCUACAUGGACCGCCGGGAGUACAGCAGAGAGAGAGAAUUAUACAGAGAAAAGCCUGAAUAUGAAAGAGAAAGAUUUGAGAGGGAGCGCUACCCAACCCCAAGAGAUAGAGAUGACAGCACACAGGCCAUGGUUGAAGAAAGAUCUCCACUGGCGCCUCCUCUCCGCUCAGGAUACCGAGAGAGAGACCGGGAUGUUCGAGAGAGGGACCGAAGUGGCAGCCGUGAUCCAGAUGAACAUUAUGGAAGGCCUGCCUACGAUAGACCUCCGUAUGAACGCGCUGGACUUGACCGCAGUGGGCCUGAUCGUUUCGGCCAUAGUUCCUCACCUUACAUGGAUAGAAGAAGUUUUCCAGAGGAAAGAGGGCCUCAGACUGCACCACCUCUCCCACCUCCACCACAGCCGCCUCCAAAAGUCGAGAAGAAGCCAGAAAUCAAGAACAUCGACGAUAUCCUUAAACCUCCUGGCAGAAUGUCUCGGCCUGAACGGAUUGUCAUCAUAAUGAGAGGACUUCCAGGGAGUGGAAAGAGUCACGUUGCAAAGCUCAUACGGGACAAGGAAGUGGAUUGUGGUGGUGCACCUCCAAGAGUCCUUGUUUUGGAUGACUAUUUCAUGACGGAGGUUGAGAAAGUUGAGAAAGACCCAGACACUGGCAAGAGAGUCAAAACCAAGGGUCUUGAGUACGAGUAUGAGCCAGAGAUGGAGGAUACCUACCGGAACAGCAUGCUUAAAACUUUUAAGAAAACCCUGGAUGACGGCUUUUUCCCCUUCAUCAUUUUAGACACUAUUAAUGACAGGGUUAAACACUUUGAUCAGUUCUGGAGUGCGGCUAAAACUAAAGGCUUUGAGGUGUAUCUGGCUGAAAUCACGGCAGACACUCAGACUUGCGCAAAGAGGAAUGUCCAUGGACGCACGCUGAAGGAUAUACUGAAGAUGUCCAACAACUGGGAGUCUUCGCCACGACAUAUGGUGCGCUUGGAUGUCCGGUCCCUGCUUCAGGAUGCUGCUAUAGAGGAGGUUGAAAUGGAAGACUUCAAUCCUGAUGACGAGCCCCAGGAGCCCAAGAGAGAAGAGGAAGAAGAGGGGGAUAUGGGCUACAUUCCAAAAAGCAAAUGGGAGAUGGACACAUCCGAGGCCAAACUUGACAAGCUGGACGGUCUGAGCGGUGGAGGGAAGAGGAAGCGUGAAGACAUGGCAGGCCUGGAGGACUACCUUCAGCUGCCGGACGACUAUGCCACACGCAUGUCUGAACCGGGGAAGAAAAGGGUUCGAUGGGCUGAUCUUGAAGAGCAAAAGGAUGCAGAUCGAAAGCGAGCUAUUGGUUUUGUGGUGGGUCAAACGGACUGGGAAAGGAUCACAGACGAGAGCGGCCAGCUGGCACAAAGAGCUCUCAACCGCACCAAGUAUUUCUAAGAAGAAAAUGUUAGACUUUUUUUCCAGCUCAUUUAAAGGUGUCCAGAAUGUGAAAUCACUGAAGCUUAUUGGUGGUGAAGCAUCCACUGAGGUUAUUCCACCAACUCUUCUUCUCAGUUAAUGUUUUAAGACGGAUACGAUAUCAAUUCUUUCUUUGUUCUCUGGAUAUUCACCAUGAAUUUUGUAGUUUAUAGUUCUGUGCUGCUUCUGGUCACGCAUCCCACUCUGUCUGUUGCUGUUUUAUACUGUUCCUACUUCAUGUACUGUGUACCUGUAGUGCUGUUUAUUCAUGCAUAGUUGGAAACAAUAAAACUUUGACAAAAAUAGAAGCUUCUUAUUGGACUUGUCAGUGGAAGCUGUAUGUGGCUGCUUUAGACAUAUAGAGACUGAAUGGUAACGCAACAUUUUUGUUGACUUGGUGAAUUCGCACCAGAAUUUCAUAAAUCAAGACAAAUUUUGGUGGCAAAACACAUAAUUUGUUUUAAAUGUGUGUGUAUAACUUCUUAGAAUGGUUUUAGACACCGCCGAGAAAUAAUCGCAGUGAAGAGGAAGCUUUAAGCCCAAUUUCAAGUCAGACUAGUCACAAGCCUUGGUUUUUGCCUCAACUUGUGCCUUGUGUCCAGAGUUGGACACAAGCCUGUUAAAUAAUAGAUCAAUCCAUUGUCUGUGAAGGUUCUCAGUCGUCCAGGUCAUCUUAAGGUGAAGGGUUUAGUUCAGGCAACUGGACUUAUUCUUGUGAUCUUGAAGACGUUUCACCUCUCAUCCGAGUGGCUUCUUGAGUUCUGAAGAGAUCACAAGAGAUCAAGAUCACAAGAAUAGGUCCAGUUGCCUGAACUAAACCCUUCACCAGAUCAAUCCAUUAUUUAACUUCACUAGCUGCAAAUUGAUUUGUGGACAAUCUGCAACUGAUAAAGGGUGUUUUUACAUAGAAUAUUUGCUACCACUGUGUAGUUUUUGUGUAGUGACAUACUUUGGUGUGCCAAUGUAGGACAACUGUGGUGCUAAGAUAAUCUGUCUACCCUUCUACUAGACUGUGUAUCUCCUCAAUGGUGGAUGCUGUUGACCUAAAUCAUAUGCAGCAGCACAUCUGGUUUCCAGCCAGCCAAAAACGGCUCAUGUUACCCCGCUGUUCAGAUCGCUUCACUGGCUUCCAGUUUACUGCCUGCAUAAAAUUCAAAACUAGAAUGAAAACGGCUCCCUCCUACCUGAACUCUCUCAUUCAGGUCUACACUUGUUCCAACAAAAGGCGCCUGAUCCAACCACCAUAAUAGUUUGACUCUUCUCCUCUGUGGUUCCCGGCAGUGGAACGAGUUACCAAAGUCUGUUUAUUCUGCAGAGUCUCUUUUCAGUCUUUAAGAAAAGACUAAAAAACAGCUCUUCACUGAACACCUUUUCGCUUGACAGACUGAAAAGAAACAAAAAAACAACCUCCCACACCGAGGUCCCACACCUGAACUUGUUUUAUGGCUCUCAUUCAGGUUGUUUUUUCCUGAUUAGAUCCUUCUUGUGUUGUAUCUACUCUCAGGUGUACGUCACUUUGAGUAAAAUCUGCUAAUGAAUUUGUAGAAUUGUACAUCAUUAAAGUAAAAUAUUAUCUCCUGUCCUCUUGUUAAGAAUGGACCGGCUAAUGAAAAUAAGAAAGCAGAGAAUAUUAAUGGGGUUAGACUACAUUCUGAAGUGAGCCCAGCGUGAUUGAGGUUAAUCUGCGACAAUAAAUGCAUGUGUUUUCAAUUUUACAUUUGCCAACUUUGCACCAUUGGAUCCAGGCGCACAGAAUUUUCAUACAUCAGGAAGUUUGAUGAGAGUGUUACCGGACUACCUGAAGACAAAGCAAGUUGUAACCAAACACAUCACUCCUGAUGAAGACGAUUUUGAAUUUUCCCAAUGGACAACAAGUCUUACAGUGUACCAUUGGAAAAUGAAUGGAUGGAUCCAUAUGGUGAGUAUGGAAGAGAGAAAGAAGCAUCUUGAGAGUUUCAGGAAUUCUGUUUGUAUAUAUCCUGUAAAUACAUUUAUCAUUAACGAACUCUGUUGUUGAACAUUAAACAUUUCUUUUGACUUGG